AUGAUUCAUCGAAGUGUACAGUGUAUACUUGGUUCUAUACCUCUUUUACUAUUCUACUUUAAUUCAAAUCACACAGCAGUUGCAGUCAGUCUGCGACGUAGACUGGCGAAGUUUGGGCAAGAUCCAAAUUCGCCACCAAAAACGACAGAUUAUAUGCAUCCUCAAACCUUGAGAGAGAUCAGAUCUAGAACUUCUCAGCAUACUUACCAUCGUAGAAUCAACACAAUCAAUCAAGAGCUCAAAUUUUCGCGCUUGGAUGUACCACAAGAUUCUCGUCCUUUGGGUUAUAGUCUUUCCAAGAAACAGCGAACAGAUCAAUCAACUUAUAUACCUGCUCUGCUUCAUGUCUAUAGCCGUAAAAUUCAGAAAGAUACAAAAGAGUCGCCUACUCGACAGACAGGCUACAAGCUACGCUCCAAGAACGUACAUGAAAGUAGAAAAAUUGUCAACACUACUAAGAUUGGCGACUCUACCGUGCACAGCGAACAAAGAAAGGUAAAGAAGACAAAACUUGAAUUACUAAGGGACAGGGCCAGACGAUUCAAAGCACGUUCCGAAAGAAUAAGAAAAGGAACUGCUUCUGACCACGAAAUUGAGCAGUAUACUAAACACUUAGCUAGGAACAAACAAUACCGGGAGAACAACCGUGAAAAGUUCAAUGAAUCGAGUAGAAGAGCACACGCAAAUAGGAGAGCUCGAUUGCGAGCAGAAAAAGAAUAA